UCAAUCAUGUGCAUGGCCACAACAGCUGAAAAUGACUCGGGAGAAUCUGCCUCUGGAAGUGCUCAAAAAUCACUCAAGCGAGCAUGCGAUUGCUGCAGGAAGCGUAAAGUACGUUGUGAUGGAGAGAGUCCCUGCGGCCCUUGUCGAAAGGCCACUAUCCGUUGUGCUUACCUUCAAGCGCCCAAGAAGAAGGGUCCGAAAGGCCUGAGAAGCGCUAGAGUGUUGCAUGCAUUGAGGAAGAUCGAUCAGCAAUCUGUAGCGCUCGCACCCGAAAACUCUCUGAGUAGUCCGGUCGCACUGCAGGAUGGCAUGAACCAAUGGUACGGAAGCUCAUCUUCAUCGCCAGCUGCAUUACCAAAUCACAGCGCUAUCGACAGCGUGCUUCCUACCGGUACCCCUGCAGAUCCUAUCACCACAGGCUACGGUUAUUAUGGACCUCCAGAACCACAAAACUACGCUAUUCCAUCUCCCGUGGACCCUCGAGUGAUGCCCAUCAAUCAAAGUAUGAGCCAUCUCUGGUCAGCACAACCGCGCCGGCCUCAAAAUUACUAUACGCCUUCCUUAGAACCACAGCCCGCUGUACCACGGAUACCAAAUCAGCGCUUCUUACCAUACGUACAGCUAUUCUUCGAGCAUCUCUAUUUCAUCAUGCCUGUGGUCGAUGAGCAAGUCUAUCUGGAUCCAUACCUGUACAGCCCUACCAAUUACAUGCCACCAGAGACAUACGGCUUUCUAUGCGCCAUCUGCGCUGCGACCAUUGUACAGCUCGACGCGGCAAUACCAGUUCCUGACAUGGAACCUCUACCUGGUAGACCCACAUCAGCAGCUGAUAUGUUUAUCGAGGAGUGCCUCGCAGUACGUCGCACAUUUGACUACGUUGGCAACGCGACCACCGUCACGGUCAUGACGAGUUUCUUCAUCUUUGCCUAUUACGGCAACAAAGAGAGCAGUGAGAAGGCAUGGCACUACCUGCAAGAGUCGAUCUCCUUCAUUGAGAAUCUGAAUAUGGACGACGAGAACUCGAUGCUCAAACUCGACCCCUUGGAAGCACAAUGGAGGAGAAGGCUCUAUUGGUUACUCUUCAUAACUGAAAGAGCAUACUCAAUACAACGCCGUAAGAACUGCCGAUUACACCCCACCAUCGAGCUCCCUCUAGCCUUUGAAUCCGAAGAUCCUCGUCUCCUCCACGGUUUCGUAAACCUUGCCCACCUCUUUUCCGCCAUCGACGACAAUUUUGUCAGCAUCUGGAAAGGCAGCGCCCGCCGGAAAGCCCUGUGCUCAGAACCUUGGCUAGCAGAAACACAACGUUCGCUUGACACGGUCGCGCUUUCACUUUCCGACAUCACAGAGACUGCCAGGAUAGACAUCAGCGUAUCGAGGGAGUGGCUACACGUAUUAGCCUGGCAGAUGGGCGUAAGCAACGGCUUGGUCUGCGACAAAGGACAAACAGGCACUGGACGCCUCGACUACCCCAUCGAACUCGCCCGUCGUACAAUUAACGUCACCGAGCGAGCAAAUCCUCUUGUUCUGGACUCGCAUGGCAUCGGCAUGGAGCAGAAGCUAUCGGAUAUCGCUGGCUGUCUUGCUGAUGUCUUGCACGUGUCUUCUGGCGAUACAUCCGACACUUUUGCGCAAGGCAGACAGUACUUGCAUCUAAUGCUUAAUAAAUUGUCCAUGAUGCGAGGCAAGGAGUCACGGUAUCUAAGACCGCUUGUUGCGAAGGCGGGAGAUAUUCUAGACUCACAAGUGCCAAGGGGUAUGGCCGCAUUGCCUCCUUCGUCAGGCUUUGAAGGCAAAGUCGAAGAGGAAGAAGGCAGUGGUAGAGUUGACCACAGAUUACAAUGGGCCACAUAA